CUCUGGUGUGGCACCAUAGAAGCCAUAGUCAUAAGCGAUUCCUUGACGACGUCUCCAUCGUAUCGAUCAUUCGACAACGUCUCCAUUAUCGAAUGCCCAGUCAGCUCCAAUUUUUUUGUGAAAAUUAGGCACUGGUUUUAGUUCUUGAAGUCAUUCUUUGUGCACUGAUUUUAUUUUGGUAUUACGACAACUGUCCUGCGAAUCUACGUCUAGUCUACGACAAGUUUCACAACCUUUUUGAGAGCUUUCUUUGAAAGACAAAAAGAUGAUGAAGUCUGUUCUUCGUACCGCGGCCUUUACUGCUGCCGCUGCUUCUGUCGCUGCAGCCGAGAAGAAAUCAAAGGCCGAACCCCUCCUUACUGCAUCCGGCACUUACGACUUCGUCUCGAACUCGGUAUAAAUAUAGCAAAAAGCUGCAUUCAUGGGGGAUCACGAUUAUUUUUUUUUUGUAGUGCGGCUCCGUUUACCAUGUCCUGCGCAUGAGAUGCUGCUGUCCCCUUUCAUCCAGCAGAUUUGUUGUGAGUCCUCCCUCGAAGGAGCUGAGCUGCUUAGUCAACAUGUCAAGCCGAAGUCAACAUUUUUUUACAGAAAAGAGCUUCUUUUGUCGCAGAAUUUUUGCACGGGAUGUUGUUAUAAUUUUUUUUCGGCAGGUACUGAUGACCAAGGACUUGUUGUUUUUCACGGCGGAAACGGGCACCACGCUGGCUUUCUCCAAGCUCCCGCCGAACGUGAAAGAUCAGGUGCUCGAGAAAUAUGAUUUGGCAGUGGAAAAGAUGGAUCUCGUGAAGGGCGAGGCGGAGUCCUUCCGAUUGAAGAAUGGAAUUCCCCCCCUGUCGGAGAUGGUAUCCGUCACCCAGUAUCAAAAUGAAAAAUCCCCCCUCCCCAUAUCAAAACGGAAAUUUGUGAUGCUGAUUUGUGACCACAAAUCAGCUUUGUAUUGCAGAGAGGCACUGCGGCCAGAUCCCCGGGCUAGGUAGGGGCGUAUGGGUCUAGUAGUUCAGCAUGGCAAACGGCCCCCCUUUAGGCCCAACAGCAUGACAAACCGCUUCCAUAAUGGGGCGGAAGCUUCUGCCCUUGUCUUCUUGCAAGACAGACGUGAUUUGUGACCUCAAAUCCGCAAUACAAAUACUUGGAAGCAUACCUUUUCAAUAUGGGGGGGGGGGAUUUUUCCUGUCAAUACCCAGGCGAAGCUCAAGCCCGUGGUCGCCCUCGUGGAGUCCUCCCAGCCCUUCCGCCUGGUGCAGCAAUUUCUCGAUGCGUUCGAGAAGCAUUAUCCCCAGUACGCGGGCAAGCUCUCCGGCAUCGGGUUUUUGGACCUCCUCCUGGUUUCCCUCUUCCUCUGCUACUUCGUCUUCGGCUACAUGCUCAAGAUGUUCUGCUUCGGUACUCCAUCUUAAUAUAUUGUUUUCUGAUUUAUACCUUUUUGUUUUUUUUCCUACUACAGUACCGAAGAAGCUUGCGCCAUAUUGUUUUUUUUCCUAUGCUAGCAACUUACGUUGCGACUACGUACUUCGGUAAAUUUUACUACACAUUUCACCGCUUUUUUUACAGUGUGCUGCUGCGGGUGCUGCGCUAAGCGGGCGAAGAAGCAGGUGCCGGUGGAGUUGCGCAAAAACAAAGCCCCAGUGGCGGCUGACAAGAAGAAGAAGUAAAUCAGGCGAUGUGCGGAAGGUUUUUUUUGAAUGCGCGAGCAGCAGAAAAUAGAAAAUCAAGGUCGUCGUGGUCUCACCCCUCUUUCGUCGAGCAUUUCCAAAACGACGAGGAAAGAAGAGCUCUCUCUCACUUUCAAAAUGUUACAUGUCACGGAGUCUACUUAUCAAACCAUCAAACAACGUCUGUACACUAGGAGUCUUUUGAGUCUUAUGUAUCAAGGGUACGCUAUCGAUAUGUAGCUAUUUUUGUAGCAGCUACAUUUUACCGCUGGCUUUGGCCAUGAGAUAGAGGGCAGAAUGAAUAGCAGGUGGCCAUCGCAAAAUUCAGGAUGUCGAUGAUGAUUCACAGCACUUCUACCAGACACUAUUCGAAGUGAUGCGGCGGAAUGAGGCUGCACGUCGAUGCGCUUGCGAAGCGCAUCAUCAGGAACAGGGGUAGCAGUGGUAGGGACUGCUUCGCCCUCUCGAAUAGCGUCUCGCUUCCGCUUACUCUGUUGCGCCCCCUGCUUACGCUUGCCCAAAAAGACUGGAGAGUGUUUAGUCAUCAUGUCCUCCUGCGACGAUCGAGCCGCUUGAUCUCAUGUUGCGCACUGGAGCUCUAUACUUACCAACUGCACAAAGAAACUCUCAGAU